CCGUUCAAAACGAAUUAUCCAAGUCAGAGCUCGUUUUUUUCGCGAGUUCCCAGUUGUCUUGAACGCACUGAAGUUUGAAGUGGAGAUUUCCGAGCUCCCAGUUGUUUGAACGCGGCAAUACCCUGGUCACUGCAGCUACCCAUAGAUGCAUAUUUCUGGGGGGGGAAGGUCAUUACGGUCAGCUGAUCAUAUGACAGCGUGCGCAUGACCAGGAAGUAAACAUUGAACAGAGACACGCAAAGAGGGAUUCUUCAAGACCAACUCAAAUGGUGUCCCUGAUCUGCACCCUGCAAGACCAUCGCGACGAUGUCAACUGGUGCGCCUUCUCCCCGACACUGCUGGCCACCUGUUCAGCUGACAAAACCUUACGAAUUUACAACACCCGAGACUUUUCCGAAGUCCCAUACUCCCCGCUCUCUGGCCACGGCUAUGGCGUCCAUUGUUGUUGCUUCAGCGCCUGUGGUCAGUAUUUAGCCUCGUGUUCAACUGAUGGUUCAACAGUUGUGUGGUCAACGGACACGGGUGAGAUAGAGGCAGUGCUGGAGCAUCCGGGUAGGAACCCCGUCAGGGUCUGCGCCUUCUCGCCCAACUCUUCACACCUGGUUUCGGGGGCGUCUGAUGGUACUUUAGGUCUUUGGGAUUUCCAUACGAAAACAUUGCACAGGACGGGGGCAGUGAAUGACACCACUAUGGUGGCCUGCUCCUUCACCCCCUGUGGCCAGAUGUUUGUCACUGGAUCUACGUAUGGGGACCUCAGGCUGUGGGACCUGGACAUGAACCAGCUUCAUGCGGAGAAGAACACUCACGACUUGGGGGUCACCUGCUGCUGCUUUGGCCCCAAUAUCCUCAGUGAUAGCGGUAGGGUACAGUUCCGCCUGGCCUCCUGUGGACAAGACAGCACGCUGAAGAUAUGGACCGUCUCCAGGUCCAACACAGGCAGUUGUAAGAUGCAGCUGCUGCACACCCUGACCGGCCAGUCUGCCCCGGUGCUCUCCUGUGCUUUCUCUGCAGACGGACAGCUGCUUGUGUCUGGCUCAGUGGACAAAACGGUCACAGUGUAUGAUGCUAGCCAGGGGACUUUGCUCUACACAUUGAACCAACAUGAGAGGUACGUGACGGCGUGCGCCUUCUCUCCCAGCACACCUCUGUUCGCCACGGGUUCUAUGGACAAGACUGUCAAUAUAUGGAGAUUAGAGGAUGGACACAGUGGCCAUGAAGGCAAAUCUUUACCUGUUGAAACUGCAACACUCUCAUGCGAAGGCAGAAAGUUGCUGUGUCACUCCAGGCUUCUGGUCAGUGAUUGGUCAGAGGAGGACGUGGGGGCGUGGCUGUGUGAAGAGGGGCUGCAGGCGCUGGUGGAAAACUUCAAGGCAAACAACAUAGAUGGAGCGGAACUCGUCAGUCUGACCAAGGAGACACUGGCCUCAGAACUCAACAUAGAGUCUGUGGGGUUGCGCAGUAAGGUCCUGAGGAAGGUGGAGGAGCUGAAGGCGGGGUGUGUGUGUACCGGUGUUCCUGAUGAGUACCUCUGUCCAAUCACCAGAGAGUUGAUGAAGGACCCUGUUAUCGCUGCAGAUGGGUACUCCUAUGAGAGGGAAGCGAUUGAGAGCUGGAUCGCAACCAAGAAUCGUUCCAGCCCCAUGACCAACCUGCCCUUACAGACAACACUUCUGACCCCAAACCGAACCCUGAAGAUGGCUAUUGGACGCUGGAGGACCAGCCAGUGAGAAAGAGGGAUGCAGGGGCAUCUUCUACAUCAUUUCAAUCUGAAUGCAGGUCUAUCCCUCAGUUAACUUCUGACCAAAAGUAGGCUCAUAGUACAUAAAGCUAUAUAUGAUGUUUUCAGGUUGACCAUACUGAGCUUCGAUUCAACCCCUUACUGUGUCUGUUGGGAUGAAACUGCUUUAGAAUGUAAAUAUUUAUAGCUGAUGAGACAUUCUAAUAUAUAUAUUCUCAAACUCAUGCAUGUUGACCAUGUUUAACUCUGCUAUUUACUCUACUCUCUCUCUCCAAAACCAUUUCAUGGACGAUGAUACAAUGUACAGUGCAUUCGGAAAGAAUUCAGACCCCUUGACUUUUUCCACAUUUUGUUAUGUUACAACCUUAUUCUAAAAUUGAUUAAAUCGUUUUCCCCCCCCCCAUUAAUCUACACACAAUACCCCAUAAUGACAAAGCAUAAACAGGUUAGACAUGUGAGCAAAUGUAUUUAAAAAAAAAAAAAAAAAUCAAAAUAAAUAUCACAUUUACAUAAGUAUUCUGACCCUUUACUGAGUACUUUGUUGAAGCUCCUUUGGCAGUGAUUACAGCCUCAAGUCUUCUUGGGUAUGACACUACAAGCUUUGCACACCUGUAUUUGGGGAGUUUCUCCCAUUCUUCUCUGCAGAUCCUCUCAAGCUCUGUCAGGUUGGAUGGGGAGCGUCACUGCACAACUAUUUUCAGGUCUCCGGAGAUGUUUGAUCGGGUUCAAGUCCAGGCUCUGGCUGGGCCACUCAAGGACAUUCAGAGACUUGUCCCGAAGCCAUUCCUAUGUUGUCUUGGCUGUGUGCUCAGGGUCAUUGUCCUGUUGGAAGGUGAACCUUCGCCCCCAGUCUGAGGUCCUGAGCGCUCUGGAGCAGGUUUUCAUCAAGGAUCUCUGUACUUUGCUCCGUUCAUCUUCCCCUCAAUCCUGACUAGUCUCCCAGUCCCUGCUGCUGAAAAACAUCCCUACAGCAUGAUGCUGCCACCACCAUGUGUCACAGUAGGGAUGGUGCCAGGUUUCCUCCAGAUGUGACGCUUGGCAUUCAGGCCAAAGAGUUCAGUCUUGGUUUCAUCAGACCAGAGAAUCUUGUUUCUCAUGGUCUGACAGUUUAGAUGCCUUUUGGCAAACGCCAAGCGGGAUGUCAUAUGCUUUUUACUAAGGAGUGGCUUCCAUCUGGCCACUCUACCAUAAAGUUCUGAUUGGUGGAGUGCUGCAGAGAUGGUUGUCCUUCUGGAAGGUUCUAUCUCCACAGAGGAACUCUGGAGCUCUAUCAGAGUGACCAUCGGGUUCUUGGUCACCUCCCUGACCAAGGCCCUUCUCCCCCGAUUGCUCAGUUUGGUCAAGAGGUCAGCUCUAGGAAGAAUUUUGGUGGUUCCAAACUUCUUCCAUUUAAGAAUGAUGGAGGCCACUAUGUUCUUGGGGACCUUCAAUGCUGCAGAAAUGUUUUGGUACCUUUCUCCAGAUCUGUGCCUCCUUCGACCUCAUGGCUUGGUUUUUGCUCUGACAUGCACUGGCAACUAUGGGACCUUAUAUAGACAGGUGUUUGCCUUUUCAAAUCAUGUCCAAUCAAUUUAAUUUACCGCAGGUGGACUCCAAUCAAGUUGUAGAAACAUCUCAAGGAUGAUCAAUGGAAACAGAUGCACCUGAUCUCAGUUUUGAGUCUAAUAGCAAAGGGUAUGAAUACUUAUGUAAAUAAGGUAUUUAGUUUGUUAUUUGCAAACAUUUUUUUUGGGGGGGGGGGGGGGUGUCAGUAUGGGUGUUGUGUGUAGAUUGAUGAGGAUUUAAAAAAAAAUGUUGAACCAUUUUAGAAUAAGGCUGUAGUCUGACAAAAAUUGGAAAAUGCACUGUAGGCAUUUAAGGGAUACUGGUGCCAACAACAGAAGUGUUCAAUCUAUGGCUGAAGUUGUAUAACAGGGAUAGCAGAUGUCGGUACACAUACAAUUUUACACAUGGGUGUUUGAAAUGAGUGGAAGGGAGAUGUCAUUUUAGUUUUCCAAAGAGAUUUUAUUUUCCCAUGAUUAUGGUAGUAGUGCUUGAGCAUAGUCUGUAUAAUGUGUCGCAUAGCUCACAAAUCAAGGAUGGCAACAAUGUUCAUGUAGAAUAUCUGUAUCAUCUCACCAAUAAUACCCUUACAAGCUAUUCUGUACCUUACUGUAAACUGUUAAUGUUGUGCGCACAUAAACUAAAUAAAUCCAUCAACUUUUCAAUUA